AUUGCAUUGAAUAAAAAGUGAGACACUUAUCAAUGACAUUUGCACUCAUCUACCAGACAGUGGCUAAUAUUUACUCCCUAAAUCCCAUGUGAGUCUCAUCCAGUGUUUGUUGAGUGUUGAUUUGUGUGUAUUAGUUGUGGUGUGUGUUGAUUGGGUCUCGUGGGUUUGUUGCUGCAGGUACGAACAUGCUGAGUGGACACCACAUGCAGUCUAACGGAGAUGUGAAUGGAGCUCAUGCGUCUCAGUCUAUAGUGUCCACCUCUCACUGUACCCCUCCCCCACCUUACAACCCCGACCCCAGCCUCGUCAGUUUCUUAACCAGCCUGGGCUGCCAAAACUGCAUCGACUACUUCAUGUCACAGGGACUCCAGAGUGUCUACCACCUUCAGGCCCUUUCCAUGGAGGAUCUUGGGGCGCUGAAGAUCCCUGAGCAGUUCCGGCUGGCGAUCUGGAGGGGCCUGCAGGACAUGAAGCAGGGCCACGAUUACGGCCAGCAGCUCAUCCGCUCCAGCAGUAACAUGGCCAGCAUGGCCCUCGGCGCCGGAGGAGAGCUGCAGCGGCAGCGCGUCAUGGAGGCCGUGCACUUCAGAGUGCGUCACACCAUCACCAUCCCCAACCGCAGCGCCCCCACAGGAGCGGAGGAGUGGGCUGACUUCGGCUUUGACAUGCCCGACUGCAGGUUACACAAGCACUCCAUUAAGGAGGAGUUCGCAGAAAGCGACGUUCACUGAGAAGGACUGCACAUCCAUCGCUUUCCAUGCAUCAUCCAUAUUGAUUUCUUUAAACUGCGAUGGACCGUUUGUAUUUUCCAUAUAGUAGCACUUCAGUAUUUGACAACAAAUGAUUUGAGGAGUAAGAAUCUUUGUGCAAACAAUUCCCUUUUAUUAAAACCAGGGUUCAAACUAAUAUUUUUAUUUCAUUGUCGUUUGUGGCCUUAUGCUAAUAUUACAUCACAUAUUACAAAUUAUCCAUGAGCUAAAAUGAAUUAUAUAUUAUUAGGACGUAGUUAUGAACAGUUAAAAGCAGUGUAUGAUUUAUGAACAUUGCCUUAUUUAUUUCGGCUUGGUGUAAAUAAUAAUUGUGCAAUCAUGUAUGAUAUUGAAUUAUGUGUGACGUAAUGCCCAUAGAUCAAGUGGAUGCUUGACCCACAAAAUCAUACUUUAUUUACUUAUUUUGAAAAACACAGGUUUAUCAAAGCCAGAUGUGUACGGCUGGAUCAAAAGGCAUUCUGUAUUUGAAUUAUUUUCUCAUUUCAAUAAGUCAUACCAUACCUAUAAUACGUUCAUCAAAGUUUUACAAUGACAUUGAUGAAGAAAACACCAUAAAAGUGAAUUUACAGGUUUUUAAUUAUUUUUAUUUU